AGCGUUUUUUUCGCUUACAGACUUCCAGAAAGUAUUGGUUUCAUUGUUCCUUCUCUGGGACCUAUCUUGGGUGGGACAAACAUAUCUGUAUAUGGACGGAACUUCGUGAAUUCGGAUUCCUUAGCUUGUAAAUUUGGAAAUAUCAUAGCAAAAGCCAACUUCGUAAAUGAAUCAUGUAUCAUUUGUUUUUCUCCAUCUCUCUCAGAGGGGAUCUGGAUUGUUGAGGUUUCGAACAAUUUGGUGGAUUUCUCGAACAAUUUGGUGGAUUUCAAG